AAAUAAUCAGAACAGGGCUUAUACCAAUUUUGUAUUAUUAUAUUUUACUAAAUUAACAAUAAAACUGGUAUCUUACUAAUUUGAAAAUAUCGAUUGGAAUAGUGCCAUCUCUAUCAUAUCAAAAUUGGUCCGGCAACACCACACACAGGUGAUUGCAUUUGUUUUUUUUUAUCGCGUGUGUAAUAUAUAGAUUUUGGCCAGUAAUUAGAGCUCAAGUCAUGUCUCGGUUAGCAUUAUUGCGCAAUUUUGUCCACCACAGACACAAGUUGCUACCCAGCAACUUAGAUCGCUUAAAAUGUGCGGCAGCAUUGCACUGGAGUCCACUUUUACGGCAGGAAGCAUCCCGCGAAGGGUCCCGUGGCGGAGCAUUGCAGCAAUCACAGGGCCCAAGCCAGGUUUCCACGGAUGUACGUCCCAUUGGCGAGAAAAUUAAGGAGAACACAAAAACAGCCAGCUACACGGCCAUAAUAGUAGCCGGCUUGGGGGUCACCUGUGUUAUGUUCUUUGCCAUUUUCAGGGAGCUAUUCUCUUGCGAGAGCCCUAAUAACAUUUAUGCAGAAGCUCUUAACCGCGUCAUUGAGGAUCCCCGAGUCCAAGAUGCGAUUGGAGCUCCUAUUAAGGGAUUUGGUGAAACCUCCCGGCGUGGACGCAGACAGCAUGUGGCUCACUCCAGUUACGAACGGAAUGGAAAGCCCCACAUGCGAAUGCAGUUUUAUGUGCAGGGUUUGAGAAACAAGGCUACUGUUCAACUGGAGUCUCGAAAGUCGGCCUCUGGUAAACGCGAGUACCGGUAUCUGUUUGUGCAAUUGAAUCAUUAUCCCCACACUACCAUUGUCUUGGAAGACAACCGAGCCUUUGACCCCGCCCCAGAACCAACGUCUUCCGUUUCCGGCACGUCAUCAUUUGGGAACCUUGCGCUGAUGUCCAAUAGUCGAGACAAAUAAGAGGCUCGCUUCGAGCCCCCGUAGUGCACUUAAAUUUUCUGUACAUUUGUUAUAUUUAUUAUUUGACUGACAAUGAAUUUGCAUUGGAAUUUGAUCAA